CAAAUUAACAAGUGUUCUUUCUUUGGGGGAAAAAAAAAAUAAAUAAAAGAAUAUAUUAGAAUUCAAAUUCGAGGAUUUUUUCGUAUCAGAUUAACAAGUUUGUUCGAUAAUUUUCGAUCGAUUUGUUAUUAUCAAUAUCGAAGGGAAAAUGAAUACCUAGAACUAUCGACAAAGUUAUUUGUCGGACUAGAGAAACGUGGUGGUAGAAGCAACAGUAGUCAAACUUUCAUCUUUCGUCUACGUCUACUUAAAAAAAAAAAAAAAAAUAAAAAGAAUCUAAGAUGAAAUCUUUCAAUCUUGUAAUACUUGUUACCAUUUUUGGUAUAACCAUAAUCCAAUGCGAAUCAGAACCAAUGUCUUUACCGAUGAAACCUAGAGUUUUUACAAGUCCGGAAGAAUUGCGAAAAUAUGUAGAUCUCGUGAAAGAUCAUUAUUUGUAUAAUGGAAAGGCAAGGUAUGGAAAAAGGGGAGGAAUAAAUACAUUACCCGAAUAUUAUUUAGGAUAUCCAUGGAAUAAUUUGAGAUUUCUACCCGAUAUUCACCAUAAUUAUCAACAACUAAAGGAAGAUAAAAGCAAACCAAUUACGGGACAAGUUAUUCGUAACUUUCAGGAUUCUGAUUUGAGUAAAGAAAUAUUUUUAAAUAAUCCAGCAGUAAACUAUAGUGACAUGAUUGAUAAAUAUUACGACGAUACUGAGUAAACGCACAGGAUUGUAUGAAUUUUCGAUGUUGGAAACGUUCUAAGUUUAACUAUUUCUUUGAAGGCGUCGUAUUUUAUUUCACAACUAGUCAAAGUAAUGACAGUUUUAUCAAACUAAUGACAGGCAAAACUAAUACACUUUUACACCUCGCACUUAGAUGCUUCUAUGAUGGAAAAUAUAAUUGAUUUAACAUUUAUUUUCAUUCUGUAAGAAUUUUUUUAAUAUCAUCGUAAUUUAGCAUAAAAUUAAACUCAUUUAUAUCAAAGUUACGACAAUUUGGAAAUAAAAAAGAAUAAAACGAGAUUAAUUGAUUAACAAUUUAAAUUAAUAAAGUGCAUAUGCAAGAUUUAAUUAUCAAUAAAAUAACAAUUGAUUUUUGGUAUUAAAGAUACUGUUUGAGAUGGUAUUAAAAAAAUAAAUAAAUAAGGAAUGAUCUAGGAUUAUGUGGAUUGUAUAAUAUUAUUAAAUACGCUUUAUUAAAAAGAUCUUCAAAGUUCUGUGUUCUUAAAUAGGAAGUUAAAUUUGAAAUUAAAGAAGAUUAUAAUUCGUUGCUGUGAAUAUGU